AGUUCGCGCGCAUUUUACAAUUUUGGAACAAAACAACAUUUAGUUCUGCUUUAUAAUUGUUAAUAAAUUAGUUAAACGCUUGUGUACCGCUUUUGGAAAUGUCUGUGUUGCUGGCGGACAUUGACGCCACCUGCGCGGCGCUUGGCUACAGCGAUGGAGAGCUCUACCAAGCCGAGCCGGAUGCCGCAGAGGGCCUGAAGCACUUGAUUUGGAUACUGAGACGCGAUCUGGACAAUCAUGAGUAUCGCCGCCAUCUGGGACGCGCCAAAGUGCUGCAAACGGAUUUGGUUUACAUGCUGCCCGACCACGUCCAUCACGAGGAGCUGUCGGACCUGUUGAUUCGCCUGCUGGUCAUUCUGACUAAUCCGACGCUGCUGCUGUAUCGCGACGGACCACCCAGCGACAAUCACGGACGCAAGGUGUUCAUGGAGUUGAUCGACAUACUGCAGGGCUACAAGGCGGCCUUUGCCAAGGACAAAAUCUGGACGGCGCUGUUCGACAAGCUCAAGCAGGCGCUGGAAAUUGGCUUUGCCAUACGCAGCGAGGAGCAAAAUUUACUGAUUGAACGUAUCCUCGUGCUGGUGCGGAAUGUGCUGCAAGUGCCGGCCAACCCAGAGGCCGAAUGCCGUGCGGACAAUGAUGCCAGUCUGCAUGAUCAGGUCAUUUGGGCGCUGCAUCAAACGGGCAUGCUGGAUCUGGUGCUGUUUGUCAUCUCCUCGCCGGAUGAGGAGCAGUUUCAUCUGCACGGCCUGGAGAUUGUUUGCUUGCUGUACAGGGAACAGACCGCUGAAUCCCUGGCCGAUGCUUCACUCCAGCGCAGUCUCAGCGAGAAGCAGCGGGAUCAGCAGGAGCUGCUGGCCGCUAGACGUCGCGAGCGUGCACGCCGUCAGGCUCGUCCGCCCACCGGCAGACACUCGCGCUUCGGCGGCACCUACGUCAUUCGCAACAUGAAGUCCGUGUCCGAUCGCGAUGUCAUUUGCCAUCAGGCUCUGGAGCGUGUCUCUGCGAUAGACUUUGAUCGCGAGAAGCAGCAGCAGAAGCGCUCGCAUCGGCACAUCAAAGAGGAGGCGCAGGUGACGCGCCGGAGCGCAUUUACAGUGAGAUUGUGCCUGCGCGAGUACUGCAUCGAGGUGCUGCGGUCCGCUUACAAUACGCUGGUGAGGCAGGUGCGUCGUGUGCUGGAACGCAAUGCCGGCUCGUCGAGUCACGAUGACUCCUAUCUAUUGUGGGCCAUACGAUUUUUCAUGGAGUUCAAUCGUUUGAGUGGUCUACAAUUGCAGUUAGUCAGCGAAUCGUUGAGCGUGCAAUGCUUCCACUGGGUCCUGACGCGCAUGCAACAUGACAUGGACAUGAUUGUGAGCGACAAGAAACAGGCGCGUCUCUGGGCCAAGCGACUGCAUGUUGCCCUGCUGACAUUCCGGGAAUUGCUGCAAAGCUUGCUGGCCCUGCAGAAGCUCAAGGAUGACAACGCGCGGGCCCUCUUUGAUAUGCUCCUGAACAACGUAUGCUAUGUCCUGGAGUACAGGGAGACAAUACUGCACUUGUUAAUGAACUACAACGAGGCGCACAGCACAAAGGUCUUCCUGCGCGAUGUGGUGGAAACGGCCAACGUUUUCAUUAAAAUGAUGGAGCGAUUCUGCCAGGACUCUGUCGUUGUGCAGGACAAGCGGCGCGUCGCUGGGGGCCGCAGGAAGAAGCAGCCGAAGGCCAAAACCAAACAGACAGCGGCCCCACAGCCCACGGAGGAUGAAUUGUCGAGCAAAUGGGCUGAAAUGGCAUCGGAAGUAUGCACCGUGCUCUACGGAGGAGUCAACCUGCCCGAGGAGGAGCUGCCCCUGCCCUUUGAUGCGGCAUCCGACAAGUCAAUCGAUGAUCAGCGCGAGGAUUGCAUGAUUCGCAUAAAUAAAAUGCUGCGCACCGGGAAAUUGGAGCAGGCCAUCGCCCUGCUCCGUGCUGCCAGGGAGGUCUGGCCGGAGAACGAUGUGUUUGGCGCUCCUGCCGCGGAACCCAAAGAUGAGCUGCUGCUAUUGCGUGAGAUUUUCAUGCACAAUAUUACAACAGUUGAAGCCCUCGAAGAGGCCCCAAAUGAUGGAGACGCUGACGAGGAUGACGAAGAUGAUGACGAUGUGGAGAACGAGGAAUUCGAGGAGCAGAAUAAAGGACUCACCGAGAAAACGUUCAAAUUUGAUGAUUUCGCCCGCAGAUUGCUGCACCCAAAGAUUGUACGCGCCUGCACUUUGGUGCUCACAGACUGGACACAAAUACCCACCAGAUCCCUCAAGGCUGCUGUUACCGUGCUCCAUCGCAUCGCCUAUGGCUGCUCCUGUCCGGGCAUGCUCUUCCAGGCCAAGCUGUUUCGCAUCUUUCAACAAGUUCUCAGCGUGGAACGUGACGCCCAUCAGGAGGAGCUGCGUCGCCUGGGCAUCUAUGUGGUGCGCAAAUUUGUCGACGUGGCACCAACUAAUCCCAAAAUCUAUGCAGAGUUAUUAUUUUACAAAGGCAUCAGGGAGGCAAAUGAGCUCGAGACUGGCUAUUGUGAUGCCUAUGAAGCUGGCACCAAAGGCGCUUGGAGCGAGGAGCAGGAGUCGGAGCUGCGCUUUCUGUUUGAGGAGAAUCAACGCAAUCCCGAAACCGAUAAGGAUGUGAUUGAUUGGAUUCUGGACAAUUUGGCCGACAAGACACGCACUCGACGUGGUGUCCUCAAGAAGAUGAAGGAGUUGGGUCUGCAAUUCAAGGCGCCCACCAAACGCUCUACAAAGUCCGGGCAGAGUGGAAAAAACCUUUGGCAGCCGGAAGAGGAUGAAAUGCUAAGAAGCUUAUACGAUCAAUAUCGCAUCGAGCCGGAUUGCCUGCAGCGCAUUGUGGAAGAGUUUGGAGAGCAGCGCAGCAAGCAGCAGAUCAUCAAGAGAAUGCUUCAGAUUCAUUUGAUAGCCGACAAGUCGGAGAUAUUGCCCAGCAAAGGGCGCGGCAAGGGCCGGUCCAAGAGGCAGCAGGAGGAGACGAACAGCGAUGGAGACAACGACAGCGAUGAGGACAUGGAAGAGCCCAUGUUUGAGGAUGUUGGAGCUGCCACUCAGCGAGAACACAAAUCCAGGCCACGUCCGGUGGUGCGCACUCCCCUAGACGUGGGCACGGUCCAAGCUCUAAUCGCUCAGGUGGACACGGAAAAGUAUCAGCCGGCCAUUGAGUGGCUCCAAGAAAGCCUGAACGAUGCCAGCGAGGACACGGACGAGCCAGCGGAGGCUGAUGAUGGUGUGCCGCUGCUGCCUUUGCUGCAGGCCCAAAAGGAUGCCAUGGAGGAUGGCGACUUUCAGAAGGUACUCGUGGCUCUGGGCAUGCAGCCGCCAAUUGCUGGCAUGGAGAAUUACUGGCGAGUGCCGACUUAUUUGAAUGCCGCUGACUUGAAGCUGCGCGCGAGAAUCCUGGCCGGUGAGGAGGUGGAAAUGGAAGCAGAGAAUCUCCAGCAGGAGGACGACGAGGAGGGCUAUCUGGACAAGCGCAGCAGGCAGCGUCAGCAGGCCCAAGCGGAGAACAUAGCAGCCGAGCAGCAGCGCCGGCUGGACAGCUUAAUGUUCAGCAAAAGCGAUGACGAUGAUCAGGCGGAGCAACGAGCGCCGCUCAAAGCAAGGGCAGAGGCAGAGCCAAAGGCCAAACGACAGCGCAAGGGCAAAGCCAAAGCCAAAGCCAAAGCUUUGCAGACAAAGACUGAGUCCGAGGAUGAGGCUGAAGUCAAUGAAAUUGCCCGCAAAUUGGCACGCAAGAAACGACAGCCUGAUGUGUCCAGCGAGGAGGAGGAUGACGAGCCACAGCAGAAAGCAACGAAGCAGCCGAGCAGCGCCAGCACGGAUGAUUUAUUUGAACAAUUGAAAACGAAGCGAGCCACUAAAAUCAAAGUGGGCGAUAUGCUGCUAAAUGAGUCAACAAAGAAGGUCGUGGAGGAGGCAGACGAUGAUGCAUUUAACUUUAACUCGGAGGACUAUCGUGCCAGGCUGCUGGAGCUGGAGGAUGAGGCGGAUGAGCAGCCGGAGGAAGCGGAGAACAAAGAGAACAACACGAGCAGCAGCAAGGAGAAGCUCCCAUCGUUGUCGUCGUCCUUGCAGCGUGCACGUCGCGUUAAUGUAAUUGACUCGGAUAGCGACAACGAUGGUGGCGCCUCGCCUGCUGACAGGACAAACAAACGCCCACGCAGCGACGAUGGACAAGAAUCAGACGAGGCGGAGCAGCAGCAAAGCGACGAUGAUGCCAAUUUUCUCUCUCGCAAAAAGCCAGCCAAAGUCGUCGAGAAGCCAGCCAAGCGGCGACGUGUGGCCGUCAUCGAUGACGACGACGAUGACGAUGAGUUUUAAUGCACUUCAGUUUUGAUUUUUAAUUGCAUAGCCAGCAAAAGUUAAGCGCCCGAAAUAAAUGUAACCUUUUUAUUGUCAAUUGCACAUCAGA